CUAUUACGUAUCUUUAUUUUCACAACAUUCUAUUAAGUAGAAACAUUAAUUAUAGUUCCUAUUAUUAGUAGUUCCAACUUGACUCGUCGCUGAAUUAAAGGUAACUCCAGACCUUCGGCCUUAAUGGCUUCAGCUGGAAUCACCGCGACCUCAGCCAGCUUCGGCCGCCGUUCCGCACGGCUUCGGCCCACGCGGCGCAGCCAAUCAGGGCUGCGGGAUGAGCGACGUCUCCCGAAAGUCGUCGCCGAUUGCCGGACUCCCUCCUCCGCCCCGCCCCUUUGCUAUGUGUCAGAAGCGACCGGGGGCCAUUUUAGAUUCGGGCGGAACUCAAACGAAAACGGGGGGCUAAAAGCCUGAACAUUAAAAUCGAGACAAAGUAGCGCGCUCAGCUCAACAGCUAAGAGAAGGGGCAUCUUCACAGCCCAACAGGCUGCUGGCGGCAGUGAGUGACCCGCGAGGUGGGCACCGGCGCCCACACUCAAGAUGGCCCCGGCCUGAGAGUCACCUGUGCGGCCGCUCUAGCUCGGUUCCGGGUUCGUUCGCCUCGGGGCCACAGGCUGGGAUUCUGUCCGGUUUCCGGACCCGCCUCUAUGGUGCCGGAGGGACCCGACCCCCGAAGAUUGUGGGUGUAGCGGUCCGAGCCUCACGGGGGAGGCGAGGGUGGUUGGUGUCAACAAGGGGCGACGAGGGGCUCGGAGCCAGGACCCUCGGCCGCCGCCCCGCCGCCCUCCGGCAGGUCUGUGUGGCUUUGGGGGCGCUGCAGCACGGCCUCACCGCCUAAGGGAUGGGAGCAGAGAACAGCGCUUUGGGGAGCUGUGUGCUGAAGGAACCCCCAUUCACCUUACCCUCUGGGUUGGCCGUUUACCCCGCUGUCCUGCAAGAUGGUAAAUUGGCUUCGGUUUUCGUGUAUAAGAGAGAAAACGAAGACAAGGUCAACAAAGCCGCCAAGCACUUGAAGACACUCCGUCACCCUUGCUUGCUGAGAUUUUUGUCUUGCACUGUGGAAUCAGAUGGCAUUCACCUUGUCACCGAGCGAGUGCAGCCUCUGGAGGUGGCUCUGGAAACGCUGUCCUCUGCAGAGGUCUGCGCGGGCAUCUACGACAUCCUGCUGGCUCUUAUCUUCCUGCACGACAGGGGACACCUCACACACAACAAUGUCUGCUUGUCGUCUGUGUUUGUGAGUGAAGAUGGACACUGGAAGCUCGGAGGCAUGGAGACAGUGUGCAGAGUCCCUCAGGCCACACCAGAGUUUCUGAGGAGUAUCCAGUCAGUGAGAGACCCGGCAGGCAUCCCUCCUGAAGAGAAGUCUCCAGAAUUCACAGCUCUGCCGGAGCCACACGGACACGCGCGGGACGCCUUUGCCUUCGGGACACUGGUGGAAAGUGUGCUGACCGUCUUAAGUGGACAGGUUGCAGCGGACCUUCUUGCCAGCUUCCAGCAGACAUUGCACUCAGCUCUGCUGAAUCCCCUUCCAAAGUGCCGGCCAGCGCUCAGCACCUUGCUGUCCCACGACUUCUUCAGGAAUGAUUUUCUAGAAGUUGUGAAUUUCUUGAAAAGUUUAACAUUGAAGAGUGAAGAGGAAAAAACCGAAUUCUUUAAGUUUCUGCUGGACAGAGUCAGCUGCCUGUCGGAGGAACUCAUCGCUUCCCGGCUGGUGCCUCUGCUGCUUAAUCAGUUGGUGUUCGCAGAGCCAGUGGCUGUUAAGAGUUUUCUUCCUCAUCUGCUUGGCCCCAAAAAAGACGGUGCGCGGGGCGCCGGCCCGUGCCUGCUGUCCCCAGCCCUGUUCCAGUCGCGGGUGGUCCCUGUGCUGCUCCAGCUGUUCCAGGUCCACGAGGAGCACGUGCGGAUGGUGCUGCUGUCCCAUCUGGAGGCCUAUGUGAGCCACUUCACCCAGGAGCAGCUGAGGACAGUCAUCCUGCCACAGGUGCUGCUGGGCCUGCGUGACACCAGCGACUCCAUCGUGGCCAUCACCCUUCACAGCCUAGCCGUGCUGGUGUCUCUCCUGGGCCCAGAGGUGGUCGUGGGGGGACAGAGAACCAAGAUUUUCAAACGCACUGCCCCCAGUUUUGCUAAAACUGUUGACCUCUCCCCAGAAGGUGAUCAGCUUUCUCAGCCCCUGAAAUUUCCCAUGAAUGGACUCUCAGAUGUGAACAAUACCUCAGGACACAGUGACAACUUGCCAUCCAGCUCGAAAACGUCUGAGGAGUGGCCUGACUGGAGCGAGCCUGAGGAGCCCGAAAACAAAGCUGGCAACACGCAGGCUUGGCCUCCGGAACCCCAGGACGCGGCCAGGUCCCCACUUGCUGACUUGACUGUGGUGGAGGUUUGGGGUGACUCUGAAACGAAACCAGGAGCUGCGAUCACUGCGUCAACACCUGUCACCUCAGGGGAGCACAAGGCCACCCCCACUUCACAUCCACUCACAGAGGAGCCCAAGCCUCUGAAAUCAAGCCGACCCCAUAAGAUCAGUCCUGCACCGAGCGUGGAUGACCCAGACCCAACCCGGCCCCCGAAAGUGUCACAAGAAAGGCGCCUGAAGACCCCCACAGAACUGGGUUUGGGGGAGGAGUUCACCAUUCAGGUAAAACGUAAGCCGGUGCCGGACCCCGAGCUGGACUGGUUUGCUGAUAUGAUCCCAGAAAUUAAGCCCACAGCUGCUGUGCUUGUUUUACCUGAACUGAGGACACACACGAUGGUCCCCAACAAGGAUGGGGUCUCACCACUGAUGCCGUUUUCCUCAAAAUUUGCUGCAGCAGAAAUCACUGAGGCAGAGUCUGAAGGCUGGGGAGACGAAGGGGAGCUGAACUGGGGAGACAGCAGCUGGUGACAACGGCUGUGAGUUACACGCCAGGAAAACCAAACUACGAAUACCUCAGAAGCAGGCUCUGCAGACGAGAGCGCUCAGAGCAUCCUGUGCCCGCGGCAGCAGCUUGCUCCCCGUCUGCCAACGAGGCGCAGCCUUGAGCGGGCGCAGCCCCGGGCCCCAGGCGGCUCGCUGGGGGGCCGUCGGGGAAGCGCCCGCGUGCCUUGGACUGGCCAGCUUCCAGCGGGAGCAAGUGGCUGUGGAAAGCCUGAGUUUACUGUUUUCCAGGAGAAUUCUGGAAGUAAAAUAAACACAAAAAAAUUCAAGCUGAUUAGCUUAAUUUUGUGCCAUUUCUUUACCAGUGAGAAGAGUAAGCUGUUAGGAGGAAAUACAACUUACUGAAAAAUUUUUAGCUAUAAAGUGUAUGUGAUUUUAAAUGCUAUGGUUUCCUUAGGCAGCUUAUUUAUUUGUUUACAGUUGUACUGAGUGAAUGGCCCUGGGGGACCGUCCCCAUGUAUGACAUUGUACCAAAGUUCUUAAUGAGAAACAUCCCCCCAUGAUCCUGUUCUCUAAACCCCUAAUAAAGACUAUUUUCACUAGAUUCAACUUUACAGUAAA